AUGAAAUCGUUCUUCAAGGGUCUUGUGCAAUCUCCAAUCGAGUCUUCGGGUUCUGAAUCUUCAUCCAUAGCAUCAGAAAGCUACAGCCCAAAUCUGAUGGAUGAUCUUGUGAGCACUCCUCACAAUCAGUUGCUUCCUGUAGAACUUGUGGAUAUUAGUGAUGAUGAUGAGGACGAUUCGUCUUCCAUCGUUCCAGUCAGAAACCGACAGAACUCUGUGCCAAUGUCUACUGAAGUCCCAGGGGUAUCAUCCGUGACAUCGCGUCUGGCGAAGCGCAAACGAGACACUCCAAGUGAGGAGUUCCUGUCACAGAAACAACAGAAAGGAAAGGGAGUUGUUGUUUCAGGUCCUAGAAGGAGCAAUCUAUUUCAGGAGUUCAAAUUCAGUUCUCCUCUCGCUGAACAAAGGUACUUGUAUUUCUCUCGUCGACAAAUGAUCAAGGAACUGAAUUUGGAUCCUCUGGCUGGUAAAUGGAUCACGGAUGUGAUCUCUGAGGCGGGUCUUCUCAACACAACUCAACAUCCUGACAUCCAGAUACUCAAGCGCACAUCGGCCAGGGUUUCACAAGGUCAGUCAGCUGGCAAGAAGGUAGCAUCUUCAACAGCACCAGCCACGCCUUUGGGUCUACGGGCAGCUGUGCAACAGGCUGUCACCAUUCUGCAGGCUGCCUUAGAUGCAGGUUAUAUCAAUGGAGGAAUGCUUGAGUAUCAAACUCAGUAA